CGUUCCAUGUUCCAAGUUACAUUUCAACAUUCUUUUUAGAAUAGGCCUUUAAGAGGCGAAAAAUCUACUGUACUGAACUCAGAUAUGGACACUGAAGACCUUCAACUGUUUCUUCAAGAAUGGAAGGACGAACUGAAGGUAAAGACCGCUACUAACGCACAAAAACGUAGUCUAGGUGACAGGGACAAACUGGGAAAACAUCAACACUCUCCUGAAAAAAGAACUUUCUGGGAGUUGCGUUGUUUUGAAGAGGAAGUGACACAGCUGAACGCCGACUCGGUCGAUCCACUGGAAUUUUUAAACCAAAAGUCUGGAAAAUUCGGGACAUCGCAUCAGAUUCCGGGGAGCAAAUCAAUCACAAAUGCCAAGGAGAGUGAUGAUACUAUAUUGUUUAGCUUAGCGUUGCCUUCAGACGAAAAUGUACAAAGUACUUUUUCUCCAGGCUGUAAACUCCCUAGUGGACAAUCAAAUUAUAUUAAUAACAGGACAAAGAGCCUUGUUGAUCAGCUGAUCGAAGACAUAGAUGAAGUAACAAGUAUUCCCUUCUUUGAUUUGAGUUUACCUAGAGAGGUAGGGAUACAAAUAUUCUCUCACCUCGACUUUAAAGACCUAUGUGCUUGUGCUCAAGUGAGCAAGUCCUGGAAAAUUUUAGCAGAAGAUGAAUUGUUAUGGUAUCACGUAGGGUGUCAGUUAGGGUAUGUUAGAAGAAGGAACUGUGCAGUUGUGGAUCAAGAAAAUUGGAAGGCCAGUGUUCAACAUAGCAUGUUGGAAGAGCGGAGCUUAAGAAGGAAUUGGAAAGAGAGGAUAUGCAAAGUAUCUGGUUUGGAAUUUGAACGAGGUAAAAUGCAUCCUAGGUUUGUUGAUAUGACAGUGAAUUAGAAAUAUAAGAUAGGCACAGUAGCCCCAGCAAGUAUUGGGGAGGGAAGUAAGCAAGCACACAAAAUGGCUGGAAACUCUCCAAGUCAAGGGCCACAGUACCAGUGGGGCUACCCUGCAAGCAAAGGCCCUUCAAUCUUCCCAGAUAAGUCCCUUCCUCUUCCCGACUUAUCUAGGAAGAUCGAAGGGCCUAUGCUUGCAGGGUACAGUGGGGCAGACAUAAUUAAAUACCAGAAAGUCACUAUUAAGCCCAUCCUCUGAAAUAAGCCCCUCUUUUUAUAAUUCCCCCAUUUUCAGCAAAAGGAAGUUAUUAACCCCCUCUCUUUUAAACCCCCUAGACUGCAUUCAUUAAUCAUUACUGUAAUGCUGCAUGUGGACUGAUCUGGUAUGGUUUAUUCAAAUGCUGAAAGUUCCCAUUUGUGUUUGAUCUUUGGCUGUGUGAUCUCCAACUUCAUGUGUUAAAUUAAAUAAGCUCCCCCACACCUCAGACAUACUUGAAACAAAUAGGCACCCCAGGGCGCUUAAUACAGGAGUUGCGCUAGUUUUGCUAUAUCCUUUGACCAGGCGAUGGGAUUUCUAACACACUUGAGUUCAAAAGGCUUCAGUUAUUCCAGAGCUGGAAAAAAUUAUGGCUUAGGACUGACUCAAUACUGAUUUAAGCCUACACCAAACACUUGGCAUUUUGAGUGGUUGGACUGCAUUUUGCAUUCAACCAGGGUGAAAUAACUGCUUUUAAUAUUGCUGACUUAGAAAUAUCUUCCUCCUUAAUGCUGUUUUUAUUAGGCUAUCCCUUUAACACAAAUGACUAUCGUAAACUAUCAGAUCAAGUGAGCCCCAUACUUAGGUCAUAACUUUCAGAUCAAUUUAGGUUUCUUGGAAACUGCCCACCUACCCCUCCCCUAAGCCAACAUUAACACUUACAUCUCACUUAGGGAAAAAUAGAUCCUAACUUUCUUGGUAAAGAUACUUUUGAAUACAUUCUUCAACAAACUGCAUAGCUGUUGUGGUUAAACUUUACCCUUGGUUUAAAUUUUACUUUCCUAUGUUUUGGGGUAUGGUAAUGUUUGAAACAAAGGAAAAUAAAUUUUAAACCAAGGAUAAUAUUGAGCCACAACAUAGCCUAGGACUAGGACUUGUACAUGUACAGCUCUCAGGCCCUGUUAUUAGGAUCAAAUUCCCACAAGGGACUUGGCCUUAAAACAGCAACACAAGAAUGAGACAAGAUUGGUUGAAAUUGUGACACAGUAACAACUCGGAUGUGAUUAAACAACUGAUUUUAAAAUGCAGACAUUGGACAUGCAUGCCGCCCCCCCCUCACUCCUAUGAGAUAUUCAUCUGUGGCUGAGAAAUGUUUCAGCAAGAGUCAUGGUAAUUAUGAGAGAAUUUCAGCAUUUUUAAACACAUAAUAUCUUAUUCACUUUGAAGGUGGAAGCUUAUGUGCAGUGUCUAUUCAUCAAGAUUUGAUAUGUUCAGGUUACUCUAGUGGAGCUGUUGUUGUAUGGGAGACAGGAGACAGGGACAAUAACGUAAGCUACAGGGAACUUAUGACUCCUGAUUCACAAGGGAUCAAGCCACAUGUUACAUCUACAGCUGUUAACAGCACUUUGUGCACUGCUGGAUUUAACAAUGGUAAUAGCCAAGCUGUAAGAAUAGAUUUCAAGAUGCUAAGCAGGCCAAAUUACAAGUAAUACAAAUGCAGAAUAUACAAAUACCAUUUCUCUCUUUCAUGUGACUGCAGUUUAUGUUGGAAGCUCCCUGACGGUUAGUCUCCUUCGCAGCCGUUAUUAGGGUCGUCACUCGUCACGCAACGCUCCUCCCCACUAAUUAGUUAGUGGGGAGGAGCGUUACGUGACGAGUGACGACCCUAAUAACGGCUGCGAAGGAGACUACCUGACGGUGCACAAUCUUUUGUUUUCUGUUUGAAAGUUGUGACAGAAUAAAUUAAUGGGAUGUUUUUAUUGGUCAACAAGAUCAAAAUGUUAGGAAUACUAUUGAAUGGUGUGCACUGUCAAGUCUAUAAAAAUAUAUAACAAAGGAGUCUGUCAGUUUUCAUAACCAUUACACUCUGUUAACUAUGCACUGUACUAUCACUAUCCGUACUGGGGUUCUAACUGACUGUUGAUAGUCAUUAUUUUCAUUUGUGAUGGUUGUAGGUGAUGUUUACACAUGGCAGUCAAGCCUGAGUUCAUUACCAUUGUGUCACUGUCGUUGUGAAGGAUCUGUAAAAAGUGUUUCUCUAACAAGUGAUCCCCCAGCAUUUCUAGCAAUAUCAGAUCAUGAAGUCAAGGUUCAAAUGAGUGACCCUAAUGGACAGUGGACUUGCAUUGAAUCCAAGAAUUUUGAAGAUAAGGUAAGUUAACACUCUUACAUGAAGCCAUGCAGCUGUUAUAAGGGUUUGCAGCUAUCAGAAUACUUAUCAAAUUAUUAUUAAAUUAUUAAAUAAAAAUAUAUUAUUUUUAUUUCUUAUUAUUUAUUAUAUCUAUACAGGAUUUACCCCUUCAGCAAAAGUGAUAUCAACAGGGUCAUGAAAAAUUAAAAUUCUAUAUUUAAUAAUAUGACACAAUAGGGCCAUUUAUAUGAGGAAAAAUAAGACGAGUCUUACAUAAGACUCGUCUUAAAUGAGACGCGAACUGUACCAUUUAUACGAGCAUGUCUUAUCUAAUAAGACGCGUCUUAGCUAAGCCGCGUCUUAUUUUAGAUGAAAUGUGCCGUUUAUACGGAAAGUUCGCGUCUUAUUUAAGACACGUCUUAUGUAAGACGCGUCUUAUUUUUCCUCAUAUAAAUGGCCCUAAUGUGACAAUUAAAGACUUGCAAAAUGAAUAAAUUAUACGGCAAAAUUGCAAAAUAAUAGUCCUCCGCAUCUCUUUGAAUAAAAUUAUUAUUGAGGUAAAGGCUGCAUAAGAGACUACCUACUUGAUUAAGUGGACACUCUCCACACACCACUGAGUAGCAUCUGUAAUACAGUAAGAUUUGCAUUUUACAGAAAAUAUUCAAAACAGAAAAAGAUUGAGAAUUUUUUAUAACUCUGUUUGUCCCUUCAAUGUGGGAUCUAUCUCUGCUGGUUUUAAUAAUGAUUAAAGCUUCGAAACAAACCUUUACAUUGGAGGUUAAAACAGCAGACAUAAAUUUGAACUGAAUUUUAGACCAGGAAUUUGAUUGAUUUACAGAUUGGCCAUGCCAUGUUUAUUCCUGCCAGCAGCUCAUAUUCAUCAACUGAACAUGUUGCCAUAGCAACUCAGGAUACUGUGUCAGUGCUUACACCAGGCAAAGGUGUUCUUUUGACGUUAGAUCAAGUGAUUGGUGGAAAACUGAGCUGUAUGGACUGCACUGCUGACCACCUUGCACUUGGAGUGGGCUCAUUUGGAUAUGGGACACUUGGAAACAAGGUAUCUGACUCAAACUUUGUAAUAAAGACACCAAAGGAACAGAGCAAAGUGCCUACUUUACAUUGGUGUGCACAUUAUAAAGGUUGGGCAUUUCCCAGUUGGUCCCAAAGAUGUGACUUCAUACAAACUCUAGCCCUCAUAGCAGGCAGGUUUUUUGAUGUGUCUUGUUUGUGUUUCGUAAAGUAUACAUAAGGGAUACAGCCACACGAAGGCUGAACCAAGGUCAAACGAGAAAACCUGUACACUUUUUGAAAAACACACCAUAAAAAAAACACCCACUACGCAGGCUAUAAUUCCUGCCUCUCUAUUGCGGACACAUCUGUAAGGUAGAAACUUGGCUCUGUCAUUUUGAUGUAUAUUUUACGGUGGUUUUUCAAUAGUUUAUUGAACAUUAAAAAAAUACUAUCUGACUGUCAUCAAAUUAAGACCAUAGAAAAUAAAUUUAAACGUCCAGUUAGAAGUGAAAGGGAGGUGUUACUGGAUAACCCACCUUUAAAAAAGGAUCAUAGCGGUCAUCCCUCCCCCUUCACCCAUUUCUAAGUUCUCAUGUUACAAGCCAAGGGCACUUCAGUAAACUAUUUUUACGGCUAAGGCUAGCCUGCAUAACAAGCGCUCUGUGAGCCAAGCGCGGCGAACGCAGCAUUUUGCGCGAAGCGCGAAACGAUUGCGAAGCGCGAGACGAGAGGAGGAGAAAAAUAAAAAGGUUGGCCAAAAACGUCAGCUAAGGUUUUUGGAGGCUUAUCAAAAUUUCAUGGGAAGUAUCUUACUUUAAAGCCAAAAUGUUGAUGUUAUAGUGUUCUGCGUCCUAUAGUUUUGUUCAAAAUUUAAGACAGGGGUAUCGCGCGCUGGCUUGUCUCAUCUCUCGCCAGCGUUGCAAGCCAUCUACCAGGUUACGCGCUUGUGCGUGUGCCAAAAAAAUUCACAUCACAGACAAGCCGUAGAAAGAUAAAUUACGAGCUGAAGAUGUUGAAAAAAGGAAAUUAUUCGCUUGAUCGUGCGCACCUGCUUUCACACGAUUGUUACCUUUAAAACAUUGCGACCCACUUGGUACCGUUACGUUUGGCAAGAGUUGGAUUAAUUCAAGCUGAGCAAAGGGGAGGCUGCUAAAAAAACGGGCCUUUCUUACCCGGCUUUAAACAAAGGCAACUGUAUUUAGCAUCUGUAUUCAUAAAGUUGCAGCUUAUAAGAAUCCAACGUCAUUUCCUUCAGUUGAAAUCCAGCAAAGCAGUACCGAGCUCCCGGUAGUGGGGAGGGGUUACUGUCUGUAAUGCUCUAUACGGGGAGGCUCCGCUCGAAAGGGGUACCUUGUUCAGGCUUCAGGUAUAUGAAAGGGUCAGGAUUUCAAUUGUUGAAGCAUAUGAAAGGGUAGGGAAACCUGUCAUUUCGGUCGGUAAAGAGGUUCAAAAGGGCUAACAAAUGCCUUUUAUGGCUGAGAAAAAGUCGAGAAAACGUUCUGGUUUUGUGAUUUAUUCAUAUUUUACAGACAGUACAUUUUCAGCAGUUAAAAGGGUUGCAAAGCUCUAAACAAGGGUGUCAAUAGAAGGUAUACGAAAGGGGUACCUGUUCUGUCAAAAAGUUAUAUAAAAGGGUAAGGGGUCGGACCUCGCGGCGGAGCCUCCCCUCAUAAAACGUUUUUGGAAUACCCACGGGUAAGUUUGCCAAUUCUCGUUGAAUCGCUGUGCCAUAACAUAGGAGUCGGUCAGGAAAAUAUCAGCGGCUUGUGAAAAGCUUUUCAACUUUCCCCAUUCAGUUUAAUUUUCCCGCGAUUCUGCAUUAAUCCUCUGUGAGAUAACUACAUAUUUAUAGACUUUUAAGUUAGCUUUCUUUUGACGAAGACAGCGCCAUAAAUUUGUGAUCGUGCGCGCUCCAAUUUCUGUGCGCGCUGCGGGAAAAAAUGACAAAACAGAAGAAAGGUCAGCGCUUUGCUUGAUCUCUCGCAGUUUUUUCCCUGAAAAAAUGUCGUAAUUAUUGCCUGAAAAACGCCGUGUACAUUCCGCAAGAUCCGGACUCAAGUCUCUUUAGCAGCAAAUUCGCGUGGCGCUGCAUUUAACCAUGUUCUGUAAUCUAGACACUGAUGGGGGGCACAGAAAGUGUCCGAGUAUUAAAGGGGUGUCUGUAUUAAGAGGGUUGAAUUUAGAGAAAAUAAAAGGGGUUUCUUUCCUCAGGGACAAAGCAAACCGUCCGUAAUACAGUAAUGAGGUGUCAUUAUUAAACGGGUGUCCGUAAAGAGAGUUUGACUGUAUUUGUUUUCAGAAUUUUACGAAUAGCUUGUGAGUAGCAUUGUGUUCAGACUGAUACGUCAGCGACGACUUUUUCAGUUUGUCGCAGAAGAAUCAAUCUAAAUGCAGUGACGACGGAUAUUGUAAUAAGAGGGAAAAAUCUGCGUUAAAUACACAUACAAAACUGAUAUAAGUUGUCCGUAAAGCGUUAUGAACAUAACUUCUAGUAGAGCCACGCAGACUAAGGACCGCGGUGCCCCAUAAUGGGAAAUAUUUUUUCCCCAGAUUAUGACUAUGUGCGGAGAGAAGUAAUUUUACCGAGCUAUUGAAAUCUGAAAAGAAAACUGGAGCUCACAUCGAAUUUCAGAAAUAACUGCGCGCAGUCCCUUGCAAAUCGACCUAUGAGCAACUGCUAAAGAAGGCUAAAUAACUGCCCUAUAUAAAAAGACUUUUCACAUGACCAUGGCUGCUCGUAAAAACGAGUACUAUGAGAAAAGCUGAAAUUCGAACAACUUCAUUCCCCUCAUCACUCCCUAAAAAUGGCUUGUCUUGCACCUCAGAUCAUUUUAAAUUCCUGAUUUUUCGUUUGAUCGACAGGUGUAUCUCUACAAUCUGGAAACUUCUAAAAUGCUGUCUAUAUUGGGAGGUCAUUACCGCGAGAUCACGUGUCUAGAUCUGGCUAGUUGCCCGCAACAUCGCCUGGUGACUGGGAGUUAUGAUUGCCGAGUGCGGGUGUUUGACUUGCGCAGUGAGAAGGUCACGCACUCGUUUCAUUUGGGACAUAAACGAUCUGUCACUGCAGUUCAAAUGGAUGACUGGAAAGUGGUCAGCGGUGCUGAGGACGGAACACUGAUGGUCUGGGACCAGCGGAUGACGUCACCUUUGUGGAUGACCCGUGCACGGCAUCCGGUUAGACUCUGUAAGUUUGAAGGCCCCCGGAUGUUCACUGCUAAUAUCCCAUUGGACAAAACAGCUCGUGAAAAUCUUUGGUAUGCGGACGAUUUGAUCCUUCACCGGAGACACCGAGGAAUAAUUCGUCUGUAUGAUUUUUCCGCGAAAAAUUCGACUGAAGGAAUCCCGGAGAUUUGUUCCUCAAGUUAUGACGAUACAACGGGUUACAACUAUAACAUAAAACUGAGUGUUCCUUACGACAGGAUAGAUGACGCGUAGUUGUUUCAGAGAAGGGAAGAUAACGUCUUUCCGUCUGUGUCUGUGUAAAACAUCCCACAAAAAAAUAAAGAAUGGUGUUAGGAAUGAGUGGAGUCCUGCUCACACUGCUAUUACACGAGUGCGAGUGAUUAAAGUCUAAGGCUCCGUCCCAACAAACCCGGGCAGGUUGAAACGAUAUACUAAAAAUAUCCGAUUUCAAUUAUCUACACGAAUUCGCAAAUCCGUCGGAUAAACAAAACACUCCACUGAGAGAGCGAUUUCAAAAAACAAUACACAGGGCUGUGCUGUAACUGCGCCCAGUACAGGAAGAUCAUAGCUUUUGCAUAAAAAUCAUACACUGGGCACCCUGGACUCGACACAGGCUCAGAGCAUUUGGCUGCAAACAAUUUUUCUUAGAGCGCAGCCUUCAUGUGGUUUUGUGAGAGGAUUCACUGGCUUCGUGCCGCAAAACUCGGUAUGGUUUUCAAGGUCUUUCGCCUUCAAUAAGGUAUACGCUCAAUUUCACAACUAGCUGGGUGUCUGUGCGGAGUUUAUUUUCCAAAUUCAGCUAGACCAAGGUGUUUCUUUUUAGUGUAUUUUAGACAAAGAACGCUCAUUGACGCAGGAAAAUUAAAAGUAGAAAUAUUUUUUGGAAGUUAAUGGCUCCUUAGUUAAUCCAAAG